AUGGAGGUGCUGGAACUUGAAGGCUUGGCGGUGAAUAAGUUCAUCCACAAUGAGCUGGCGUUUACAAGUUUGAUUCUAUGUUGGAGUUUGUAUUGUUUGGCUAAUUCAGCUUGUGUUUCUUCCAACACUAAGGAUGUUGAGGGUUCUGCGUCUGCAUAUGAGUCCUCGGAUUUAUUGUGCGAUGACGAUGUGGUUUGUGAGGGUGAAUACAGUGAUGAAGAGGGUGACUAUACGUUUGACUACGAUAGUGAUGAUGAUUCUGGGGUAGAGGCGUCUGUGCCUCCUAGCUCAACUGUUUCUGCACCCCAAGAUAGAUCUUCUGGUGGAACAAACAUUGAGCCUUCCGCUUCAAGCAGUUCUGCAGGACAGAGUUCUAGUGGGAAGUGUGAUGAUCAAGAUGGUGACGGUGAUGGUAAUGAAGUCAUAAGAAAAUAUCGACAUUUCAAAAAUUUUGAUCUUGUUGAUGCUCCCUCAGACCACUACUACUACAAUAUGGACAUCCUGGGGCAGCGGCCCAAGGCAUGGUUGAAGAAAAUUCAGGAUGAUUGGGAGAUUUUGAAGAAUGGUUUACCUGAUUCCAUAUAUGUGAGAGUAUAUGAAACGAGGAUGGAUCUUCUAAGAGCGGUCAUUGUUGGAGCACAAGGAACUCCCUAUCAUGAUGCUCUUUUUGUGUUUGAUGCCUAUUACCCUCACACAUAUCCUGAUAAACCACCAAUGGUUUACUAUUACUCUGGUGGCUUGAGACUGAAUCCUAAUCUGUACCCCAGUGGAAAUGUCUGCCUCAGCCUUCUCAACACUUGGGGUGGUGAAACUCAUGAGAACUGGCAGCCAAAAAUAUCAACCAUGCUGCAAGUUUUAGUAUCUAUACAAGCUUUAGUUCUAAACGCGAAGCCAUUCUUUAAUCAGCCUGGAUCUGAAAGUGUGUCUGUUUCUGUUGAGAGGGAGCAAUGGUCCAAAGUGUACAAUGAACAAGUGUUUGUCCUCUCCUUGAAAACAAUGUUGUAUACGCUUCAAAGGCCUCCACUGACGCAUGCACAUGAUAUCCUGUCAGCAUGUAAAGCCUACAUGGAGGGUGCUGCAGUUGGUUUUGUAAUCCAGGGCAAUGUAGCUGAAACUCCUCCUGUAAGUGGUGGCUCAAAAAGAUUGAAGGGAGAAGUAUCUAAAAUGAUGAAUGACCUUAUUUCAAUUUUCACUGAAAAUGGUGCCAAGGACUGUGACAAGUUCAGACUCACCAGCUGA